AUGCAUAAACGUGAUUCUAACCAAAAUAUAUAUAAAUUUCCUGAUAGUGGACUCCAGGAAGAUCGGUUCAAUAGGUUAAACCAAAGGUUAAAUAGUAUACAUACUGGCUUUGAUAUUGUGAAUGAUAAAAAUCCAAAAUUUGUUAAACAUUUAAAUGAAAUAGAGUCUCGCAUUUCUGAUAUUAAUAAUGAGCUAAAUGCUAAAUAUCAGACUGAAAUAAGGCAUAUUGAUCAUCUUAGAGGGUUAAUUAUAAAUGAUACUGAUGGCUAUGACGACUUUACUAAUGAAAGGACUCCAAAUACUAAUAGUAACAAUUUUAAUGCUUUAAUGGCUUCAAGUAUUUCACAAGCUGAGUCUAGAUUAAACCAAAUACUAGAAAAUGAGAUUUUGAAUAGGAAGAAUUUAGAAUGUCGUUUGAUUGAUAUAAUUAAUGAUAGAAUAGAUCAUUUACAAUCAGAGAUAACCAGAAGAGAUACUGAAAGAGAAGAAUUAGAUGCUUGUGUUAAGAGAUUUGUAGAUUUUGAUAUUCCACGCUUAAGUGAUGCUAUUAGAAAUGAAAUAGAUAAAUGUCAAUCCUCAGAAAGUGAAUUACUGAAAAAAAUUGAAGUGGAAUUUACUAGACUUCACGAAAUGAUUGAAGAUGAGAUUAAGGCAAGGCAACAGUCUAUUGAUGCAUUACUAGAUUUAAUGGAAAAUCUUGUUCAACAAAUUACAUUGGAUGCUCGAAAUGACCGUUCAGAUAGACAAGCUUCUGAGGAUGUCCUAAUGAAACUAUUAGAAGAGACAUUAACAAGGAUACAAGCUGCAACUCAAUCAUUAUAUAAAGAGGAUAAUAGUUUAGAUAAUUCAAGUAUCAACUCGAAAUAUUUUACGAAUUGUAUGAAUGCUUCACAAAAUAAUUCCAGUCUUUUCAAUGUACCAAUGCAAGAUAACAUAAAUACAAUUUCUAAUAUUUCAACAAGUCCCAGUAGCUUACCAUCAAACAUUAUGAACAGUGUUAAUUUAUCACAUUCCUUAUCUAGUAAUAAGAAUUCAUCAUAUAGUUUACCACUGAGUUAUUCAAAACAAUUAUCCAUAAAUUUAAGUGAUCAGAAUAAUGCAAAUAAUUUAAGUUAUCCGCACUGCAAUUCAUGUAAUCCAGCAAAUAUGACUUAG